GGGACUCGGGAAGUGGACGUUGAGGAGGAAUGGAUGGCCGGGUGGGGCUUUUCGGCGUUGAUUGGUUGCGCUCUGGCUUGCGCCGCAUCCCCAGCCGAUUUUCUCCCGGGGGAAGAACGAGAUCCAACCAGGCCCCGCAAUCGACAAACAUGGGGCUACCCCGCAUGCUGCUCGUAAUAACCCCUACGUCGUGCUGCCGCUCACCUCACCCAGAAUCUUCGAUCUGGAUACCUCAAACACUGAAUCAUGGAUUAGAGCUCCAUAGUCUGGAUACGAGAAGGACUAGUUCGAGAGCAAGUACUAGAGAGGGAAGAUGGAGUUCGAUCCAGAGAGCUUUAUGAACGACGUGCAUGCGGCGCUGCAGCAUCACUCACCGUAUUCGAGAGGUGCGGUUCGCCCGAGAGAACAGCACGAUGGGGGCAAUGGAGAGUUGGAUUCUAUUGUUGAGGAGGGGAGGGGGUCAAUGUUUCCUGCUUCGAAACGGAGACGGCUAUCGACGAACAUUGAGAGCACGAGUCCGGAGAGCUUCGAUAUCAGCGAGUGGCUGACGACUGAGAAUGAAGCGUUAAGUGCUGAUACCCAUGACGGGUCGGACAGCGAGUCCGAUGAUGAUGUUCCUGCGUUUUUCAGCCCAAGCCUCGACAUGACAACAGCUCUCGUCUCGUCACACCCCCGAAUACCCCCUGCAAUUCCAGCCAACACCUGGGAACUCCAAGAACGCGGCUCCUCAGACGCAAGUCUCAUGUACGCAGAACGCCUCGACCUAGUUCCCAACUUCUACGCUUACUCCGUCAAGGCAUGCUUAUUACCAAUUCGAAGGGUGCAGCAUGCACUUGUUUCGCUUUAUUUCCAUCACAUUCAUCCCAUGUUUCCGGUCGUCGAUGAGUAUCGGAUGACGGAAUUGCAUCAGAAAUAUAGGGGCCAGGAGGAGCUCAUGGAUCCGUCUGAUUUUACUGUGUAUCAUGCUAUUAUGGUUGCUGGGUUUGCUCAUCUCAGCGAAGCACAGGUCUGCAACACCCCAUACAGAUCUGUUCUCGAAGGCCAGGAAGCACAAGUUGAGCAAUUAAAGGCACGGUACUGGUCCCAACCAACAGCCGACCCCGUCGUCCUCACCCAAAUCUGCCUCCUCCUCUCCCUCUGGUCCCCCGGCUGGAUCGGUGCGCAAAACAACAGCUACUGGCUCGACAUGGCCUUCAAGCACGCGACCAUGGGGCGUCUCUGGGAAUCUCAACCGUCAGCCUUGCCAUCCAUCAAAGGGCGGAAAUGCCGGAAACGCCUCCUCUGGUGGUGCUGCCUCAUCCGCGACCGAGUUCUAGCCCUUGGAAUGCGACGUCCGCAUCGUUUACACAAAACUCCUAUUCAAGAUGAGAUUAUUAGUGAGGAGGAUUUUGGACUUGAGGCGAGCUAUCCGAGUUACACGGAUGUGAAGUCAAAAAGGGUGGCGAUGGUGGCGUUCGUUUGGUUUUGCAGGUUGAGUCGGAUUAUGGAGGCGAUUGCUGUGGCGCAGAGGCGCAAUCGGUUUGCGCGGGAUUGGAACAGGGAUAAUGUCGGGAAUGUAACGAGUGAGCUGGAGGAGGUGCGGCUUUUUGAUAGCAGGUUGAGGGAGUGGCUGGUGGAGUUUGAGGAGGAGGUGGGAGGGUGCAGGAUGGAUAAGGAUCAGCCGGUUCCGGUACCGAUUUCGACUUUGAGGAUUAUUGCUCACGGGUUUAUAUCAGCCUUACUUGCACCUUUCAGUCGAUCAUCCAGCUCUAGUCGAAGCAGGUAUUGAUCCCCUGGAGCGAAUGAAAGAUGGCGCAAGGGAAGUAGCAAUCAGCGUCCGAGAUGUAAUGACGAACAAGAAAAGCGAUGCGAUCCCAACUUGGCUCGUGGCCUGGGUGACCCUCCCCGUGGCCGUCUACCACGUAAACCAACGGAUACGGCUCAACUCCAGUCCGGACCAGAUCCUGAUGCCCUUCCUCGCACAACUAGUACGACGCUCCUCCGGCGCGCAAAUGCUGCUCAUGACCGUGCGCUCCGCAACCAAAGACCACAUUGAACAAAUAGCCAAGGCAGAAGACGAA